GUUGCUUUUUGAAAAUUACGUGCCUUUGGUAAAUCAAUGAAUUUCAAGAAGGCUGUGGUCCAAAAAUUUGCCGCAGUUGCUCUUGUUUUGUAUGUGAAAUGCUGAAUGUUGACAUUCAACAUGGCGGCAUGUCGUCAGUGCUGUGCUGUGUCGUGCUUGUGUAAUUGUUAGUUUAGGACAUUUUUGAAACCAACGCUCACUGUAAAUUCCACAUUAAAAAACAAAGCUGAAGAAGAAAACUGUACUACAUAGGAUUAUUGGAACGACACAACCACACUCAGCACGCAUUGAAGACAUCUGAGGAUUUUCAAGCCAACAUUUAUAUCCUUUAAAAUCUCCAAUGCUUUCGAUUUAUUCCUUUUAUAAAGGAUGACUGAUGUUUAAAGAAAAGAAAAGUAAAAAACAAAACAAAAUAAAACAAACACAGUUAUUCUCAAACGCGCUACUAAAUUUAGUAAUUAUCAGACAGUUGGUUAUGAUAUUAUUAACGAAGAUACAUGGAAAGUAUUGAUUGUAAUAUGAUGUGCUAGGAAAAGAAAAAUUUUGUUUUUGUACUCAUAUUCCAUUCAUAAUACUGAUAUUAUAAUUGUUCGUUUGUAAAAACUGUGUAAUGCCACACGCUUCAAUGAAAAAAAGGAGUUAGGGUACAUAAUAUGUUCGCAGUGAUUACCGCAAUUACGUUUUUGUGACUGCGGACCGUUGGCUGAAAUUGUGCUACUUUGAUCGGUCAAUGGGACAAAUAGUUCGGGAGAUCCAUAAUUGGAGAGUGCCAAGUUUUCUAACAAUAAUAGCCUUGGUGGUUCUCGCUAAAAACAACAAAAAAACUAAAAUCCCGCGAUACUUAUCAAAAUACCCCGUGUCACCUUCCUCCCUAGUUGCUGGUCACAAGAUAGCCUGCAUUUCCGCAGCAUUUCAAAAAACAAAAAGCCUUUCCUCCCUCUUCAUUAAGUUCUUGUAACGUCGUAAUAGUAAACAAAUAUAUAAGGUACCAAGAACCAUUCUGUGAUAUCUAUGUUAACACUUAAAUAAUUGAAAAGACUAAAAGUUCUAAAUAUAAGUAUAUAUAUUGCAAAAUAGAAGAGCAGAAGAAGCGAAGACAAAACAAAUUACCCUAAUCGUUUCAAGGAAAGAUAAAUAAGAGAGAAGAAAAAACAAAAAAAAAAAAAAUAAAAAAAAAAAAAAAAAACAAAUCAAUAAAUUAAAAAAAAGAAAAUAAAAAAAUCAAGAAAAAAAGAAACAAAAAAUAUAAGAAACAAAAUAUAUAUAUAUAUUAAUCACAUCAAAGAAGAUUUCAAAUUAUGUCCAACAAUCCUCAGUGGAAAACGUUCCAGCCGCCAAUAAUGAACUCUGACCCGGCAAUACUUGACUAUAAGUCCAUGACUAUUCCAAGUCCAAAAGCUCUUGGGGAACCGCAUCAAUCUACCGGUAGCUACCGAAAUGGAACAAACUACAGUGGAGAUCAUUAUAUGGGUUCACCUCCAGACUGUGGGAAAAGUUCAUCAAGUUAUACUAGUUUUCCUAGUUCCCAAACAUCCCCAAGAAAUGGUACCGCCAGAUUUCCUAUUGGCACCUUUACUGGGAUGGAAGGAGGCGUUGGAUACACGGGAGAACCUGCAACAAAUAAUUCGUCGUAUCAAGACCAGUCUAAUAAUCAUGGAACACGGGAAACUGGAAUCAUUGAAAAAUUACUGCACUCUUACGGGUUCAUACAGUGCUGCGAACGCCAGGCGAGACUAUUUUUUCAUUUCAGCCAAUUUAGCGGUAAUAUAGAACAUCUGAAAAUUGGCGAUCCUGUUGAAUUUGAAAUGACAUAUGAUCGACGAACAGGAAAACCAAUCGCUAGCACCGUCAGCAAAAUUGCUCCUGAAGUGGUUUUGAGCGAAGAAAGGGUCACUGGAAACGUAACGACGGAGCUUCACAGUAGCGGCGAUACGCAAGGCCGAAUUAGUUAUGAAAAUCGAGGCGAGUGUUUCUUUCUGCCUUAUACCAAAGAUGAUGUGGAAGGUAACGUCACUUUGCGUGCCGGUGAUAAAGUGUCUUUUCAAAUCGCUACCAAUCAGCGCGGAAAUUUAGGUGCUUGUCACGUGAGACUUGAAAAUCCAGCUCAUCCCGUUCGUUAUCGUGGAGUAGUUUGUUCGAUGAAAGAGAGUUUUGGAUUUAUCGAACGAGCUGACGUUGUAAAGGAGAUUUUCUUCCACUUCAGUGAGGCCAAAUCCAUGAAAGACGAGUUGAAGUUGGGCGAUGACGUUGAAUUCAUAAUACAAACGAGAAAUGGCAAAGAGGUGGCAUGCAAUAUUACAAAACUACCACCAGGUUCGAUUAUUUUCGAAGAAGUGAGCAACGAAGUUGUUAAGGGCCAAGUUCUGAAGCCCUUGGAGAGAGGUACGGCUGCACGUCAUCAAAACGAUCCCCUACCCGGUAGGAUUCGAUACAGAGCACCGGACCACUCCGAAGUAGAAGUACCAUUUGGUGACAAAGAUCAAAAGGGGGAUUUUACACUGAGACACGGCGAUUGGGUCCAGUUCCGCAUCGCGACUGACACUAGGGAUCAGUUGAAAAGAGCAACGGAAAUAUCAUUGCUACCCGAUUCAUUCACAGUGUCAGGAGAAAGACGUGAACAAGGCAUUAUCGGUUCUUUGAAAGAUGGUUUUGGAUUUAUACGCUGCGUCGAUAGGGAAUCUAAACUUUUCUUCCAUUUCAACGAAGUGCUUGACGUAGAUAGAGAAAUCAGUGUAAACGACGAAGUUGAAUUCACAGUUAUACAAGAUCCAUCGUCGUCGUUUUCUAAUUCUCGACAAAGCGCGAUCAGAUUAAAACAUCUGCCAACGGGUAGCGUUCAGUUUGAAAGUGUUAUAGAAACGAUGGUGCCAGGCAGUAUAGUCCAGGAUACCAAUGGAAUCGAACCCGGUCUCAUCAGUUACACAAAAGAUGGCCAACAGAAGAAUAUUAUUUUCUUUACAAAAGACUGUGAUCCAAAAAGUAUCCCAAAGCUCGGAGAAAAGGUUACAUUCAACAUUUGCCAAGUUAAGCGAAACAAAGAGCUUGUAGCCGUAGACAUAUCAUUAACGAGUCCGAACGAAAAAACUCCGAAUGGAAAUAAGAAAUCAAACGGCUCAACUAUCCAGGGAUUCAUUGCCGCACUCAAGGAUGGAUUUGGCUUCAUCGAGACUAUCAAUCAUGAGAGGGAAAUAUUUUUCCACUUCAGCAAUUUCGACGGCGACGCGAACACUUUGGAAUUGGGCGCUGAAGUAGAAUGUACGAUCGGCAACGGCAACGGAAGGGGUGCGGGUGGUUGCGCAGCGGCAGAACUGGUGCGUUUGAUACCCCGUGGAACGAUUCCCAGACCGACGUGUACGGGAGAAGUACUAGAUGGAACGGUAGUCCGACCUCUCCGAAGUGCCAAUCCCGACCAAGUUGAAUAUGCGGGUUUAAUAAAGAUAAAUCCUACAACGGAAGACGAAGAAACGCCGGAGUAUGAAUUUGGAAUAAUGGGUCUUGUAAAUAAACGUGAAUUAUUACAAUCCGGUGAUCCGGUACAAUUACAAAUCGACGUAGCAGGUCACGCUUGCAAUAUUGUCGCCGUACGUAAAAAGCGAAGAGCAACCGUAGACGCUGUUAAAGGACCGUUCGGUUUUCUAGCGUAUGAAGUUGACGAAGGGAAAAAAUUAUUUUUCCACAUGAGCGAAGUAAGAGAUCACGCGACGCUGCAACCCGGUGACCAAGUUGAAUUUGUUUUGGUGACAAAUCAACGUACCGGUAAAUCAUCAGCGUGUAACGUAACACGUUUAAGUGACAUUGUGCAACAACGACCCGAACGACUGAUAAGUCGUCUACGUACUAUUUCACUUGAAGACACAGGUCCAAAAUUAACCGUUGUACGACAACCACGAGGUCCUGACGGAACUCGUGGUUUUGGCCAGGAAAGACCGCCUCACAUUCCUGGUUCAAUUCAAGAUCCAUGCACUUUGAAGCCGAGAUUAUUAUUAUGAAAGUGGAAAAAGAACAAGCAAACGAAGAAAGGAUAAAAAAAAACAACAACAGAAGGAUAUAAAAUAGAACUAAUUAACAAAAGAACAAAACCAACACUUCAAACCAAUCAUGAACAUUAAUUAACCAAAUCGAAGUAUAAAUAAAAUACUUACAGUUAAUGAAUAGUGAAUAUUAAUAAUUAUAAAUAUUGAAUAUUAAAGUAAUAGAUGUAAUAAUAAUAAUAAUGAUAAUAAUCGGCAAAAUUGGACACUAAAAAAAAAAAAAAUAUAAAUCAGAAACAACGAGCUAUUUUGAUCUUUCUUCCUUUCUCUCUCUGCCUGGAAAACAUUUAUGACACAUUUAAAAUAGGUAAUAAAGCAGGCAGACAGCAGUUCAUCUAAUCUUUUUAUAUUAAAAUAAAACUCAUAUGUUUUAUUGCAAUUUUAUGUAGAGAAAAAAAUGAAAAAACUUUCCUUUUCUAAUUUUCUUAUGUACUACCUUGUGUGUAGAAGGUAUACGAAAAAGAAAAUAAGGAAGAAUAAAACUGUCGUUAUUCGCAUUUCUCACACCGUUUAAGUUAUUCAUUAUCAAAUAAAUUAAUUCUCAAAUAGAAUUCGCAUUUCUCACACCGUUCAAGUUAUUCAUUAUCAAAUAAAUUAAUUCUAAUUAUCAGUUUUAAUAUUUAACUGUGAACCUAUGUGACUAAAAACCAUUUAUUUCUCAAAUAGAAUUUGGUGCGGCUACGUAAAACAAAGUGAUUUAGGACAUUAAAAAUUUAGGUUUAUAAUAUAAGGAAGAGAAAAAGAAGGGGAGAAUAAAAAGAAAAAGAAACGUGAAGAAAAUGAGCAGCAACGUUUAUAAUAUUCAGUGGAUUGCUAAAAAAAAAUUAGAAAGAAAAAAAAAUAUACAUAUUAUAUAUACAUGUAAUUAUGCCACACUGAGACUGUAUGGUAAUUAAUGACAUGUGUCGUCAUGCUUAACGCAAGAUAAAGGAAAACAAUAUACAUGUAUAGUAUACACACACCUGAAUCUACUGCAGAAUCAUGUGGUAAUAUGAAAAAAAAAAAAACUUUUAUUAUUAACAUCGAUCAUCGAUUCAUUUGGAAUUUAUGCUACCAAAAAAAAGAAAAAAAAAAAAUUAUCCUUACACGCGAUAAUCACACGCUAUAGGCGUAUUAUAAUACAAUGAAAUUUUAACAACAGUCUCGAGAUAUCUCGAUGAAAAUUCGCAGCGUGACGAAUAAUGGUGAAAAUAAUAAUAAUUAUAAUUAUAAUCAAAUAGAAAAAAAGUAAAUCUUCUACAAACCUGCACGGUAGCAAUACUGAUUGUAAUAUGACGAUGGUGAAGAUGGCAUCGUUCGAUGAAGAUGAUGAUGAUGACGAGAGUGGUAUGGAGAGGAGGUUGUACAAGCCAUACGUCUCUUUAUAAUAAAUUAUUGUACAGCGGUAUACAUAAAAUAUUAUAAUUAUACUCUCCGUCAGAAAUAAAUAUAUACGAAUUUGUAAAAAAAAAGUUAAAAAAAGCAAUAAAAAAUAAAAAAGAAACACCAAAAGAAAAUAAAGAGACGAACCUCGAAAAAUAUGAUUGAGAAUUAAGAUAAAAUUAAAAGAAAAAAGACAAAAAAAAAACAAAAAAAGAAAAACAAAUCAAAAAAGUUUAAAAAAAGCAAAUAAAAUGAAACAAAAAAUAAUAAAAUAGAUAAAUAAAACGUAAACCUGAAACAAGUAAAUAACAAAUUAUGAGUUAAAACUGGCCAACUGUUUGACCUAGCUAAUAUGUUAAUGAUUUAUGUAUACAUAUAUAUUUAUAUAUAGUUUAAAUAUAUAUGUAUAAAUAUAUAAGUAUAUGUCGUUGAGUUCCUGAUGCAGUCUCGUGUUGUCAAAUCAAAUUAGUAUUAUGAAUUCAGAGCGCAAAGAGAAAAAAAAAACAUUCAAAAGACAAAAAAAAAUAAUAAUUAAAAUAAAAAAGCAGAAAAAUCAACUGCAUAUAUGACGAAGCUAUUGUAUAACUUGUCUAUUUAUACAUAGAUAGAAAAAAAUGAAAAUUUAAGAGAUCAGCAUUUUAUAAGUUUUGCCAUUACGACUGUGACCGAAAAUACACGUGGCAUUAUUUAGAAAUAGACGAAAGGAAAUAACAUAAUCACGUAUCCACAUAAAACAUACAUACACAAGCACGAUACAAACUUAAGUGCGCUUGUCGUCGUAAGGCCCAUUAGAUCAAACACAUCAAUUAUGCAUGUAAAAGAAGCCAAAAAGAAACUGUAAAAUUAUUGGUAAAACAAUAAAAAUUGGAAGCAUCAACGAAACAUUUCCUAUAUAAAAUA